AGUUUUAAUUUCCAGUCAGGUUCUUAGUAGUUCAGGUUUUGUUCGUGUUUCGUGAAAUUAUGCCGAAGAGAAAGCAGGACAUUAUCAUCGGUAUAGAGGAGAAGAUUAGGCGACUGCAGUCAGAGAUUGCAGGUUUACAGGAUUCAUCGUCGGGAGAGGACGAGUCUAGCCACGAAGAAGAUGGCGACUCCGAGGAUGGAGAGAAGAUCGACAUCGAGGAUAUACUCGCGGUCCAGGGAAAAGAGAACAGGGCGCCUAACCUCGAAGAGGAGACCCCGGUGAGCCAGAAUCUGCCGCUGCAGACGGAAGCGCCGACCGACAGAUCAGAGAAAAUAAAUGAAAAAGAACUGGCCGACGAAGUUCUCCAGGUACUGGGCGAGGACCCGUCCGCAUCAAAUGCGUUGAAUUUCGACCUGCAUUCGUCGAUAGCCAGUCGAUGGAAGUUUUGGGUCAGCAAAGGAAUGAGCAAGGAGGAAAAGAAGAAGCUCCUCGAUAAAUACCCGAGAAAAGAGGGUUUUCUUGCACCCGAAUUAAAUCGUGUAAUGGUGUCGGUCAUGUCCGAAUCGUCUGUCCGUCGGGAUAGUUACGCGACAAGAUAUCAAGAGACGGUUGGUUCAGCUUUAAUGGCUCUCGGGGCGGCAGUGUCCACGUUGCUCGACGAGCCUGAGAGCAUCGAUAAAUUGGCUUUUCUGGAAAAUCUCAACGACGCCGCCAAGCUCAUGGCGGAUACGCACUUUCAAAUAAACCAAUCGAGGAGAGCCCUUAUUUUACCAGGGGUAUCCAAACCUCUAAAAGAACUCCUCGAUAAAACUAAGUCGGAUUCCGAAUUGUUUGGGAAGAACUUGACGGAAAAGAUCAGUGAGACCAAGGCAUUGGAGAAGAUGGGUCGCACCGUCAAGAGCACCGAGUUUGUCAGGCCCGUCAAUCGUUAUCGACAGUCGACAGGCAGCCAUUUAAACUUCCGGAGCCCGCAGGGGAAGCGGACCUUCUCCAGUUACGCGGGCAGUUCGCAUGCAGAUCCACAGGGCCGACAAAGAUUACCAUUCAGAGGAAAGCAACAGGUCUACAACAACAGGGCGACACACCGGAGACAACAGAGACAGUCGAGGAAGUAGCUCAGAGUAUCGAUCUGCCAUCCCAGAGCCAAGGACCUCGUUUUAAUAGCAACGAGAGUCUCAGCAAGGCCUUUACACGACAAAAGGUCCCAGUAGAGGCAUUGGAGAUCGUGCUAGCAUCCUUGUCAACGGCAACAGUAAAACAAUAUAAGUCAGCCCUGAGUCAUUGGUGGAAUUUCUGCAGCACGGAGGGGAUAGAUUUUUUCAAUCCGGAUGAGAGGAGUCUGUUGCUGUUUUUAUCUAAGAAAUUCGAGGAAGGAGCAUCGUAUGGCUCUCUAAAUUGCUUUCGCUCAGCGAUUUCAUUAAUUUCUACGGACAAGAUUGGUGAUAGACCUAUUAUUAGACGUUUCCUUAGAGGGGCCUAUAAGCUGAAACCUUUGCUGCCAAAAUAUUCAGACACGUGGGAGGUCGAUAUUGUACUAGACUACUUGGCAAAACUGCAGCCCUUGGAGAGCUUAUCGAUAGGAGAUCUUACCAACAAGACAGUUAUGUUGUUGGCUUUGUCAACAGCUCACAGAGCUCAGACUCUUUCUUGCAUUGAAGUAGAUAAAAUUAAAAGAUCGCCAAGAGGGAUGGAAAUAACAAUUACAAAGUUAAUCAAAACUUCUGGUCCGGGUAAAAGUCAGCCAGUAUUGAUAAUUCCUGAGUUUAAAGAGAGACCAGAGUUGUGUGUCGCUUCAGCUAUUCGUGUUUAUUUAGAAAAAACGGCGAAAUAUAGGGGAACGGAGAAAAGUUUAUUUUUAGCGACAAAGAAGCCUCAUAAGAAGGUAGGAGCCCAGACCAUCAGCAGAUGGAUCAAGAGAGUUAUGAAAGAGAGCGGAGUUGAUACAGAGGUUUUCUCAGCUCAUUCUACGCGUCACGCGUCUACGUCCGCGGCAUUUACAAAGGGUGUUUCUCUAGACAUAAUCAGAGCGACUGCAGGCUGGUCAGAGAGAUCGCAGGUUUUUGCAAGAUACUACAAUCGCCCAGUUCAGGCAAGACCAACUGUUUUCGCAAGUUCAGUUUUUAGUAUCUCAUAAAAAAGGAAAAGAAAAGAAAGUUUUCGUUUUAACUAUAUAUGCUAAUUUUAAGUUACUUAUUGUCCGUUUAUAGUUUAUAGUUUUCUCCAAUAAAGGACACGAGGUUCUGAUGACCGUAAA